AUGAGGUUUGUCCAAUAUAUUCCGACUGGAAUUCCAAACGAAGAUGGUGAGUUUCCGGGAAGGAACUAUACAGUUGGAAAAGUCAUACAACAACUGUAUGAUAUUAGGAAAGCUUCAAACCCCAAACUUGCAAUGACACUCAAAUUGCUUAUGAAUUCGACAUGGGGAUAUUCCAUUAAGAAACCUCAAGAGAUGAAGAGUAAACAUUAUGAGAAGGUCGACAACUUUGUUGAAAGGUUUUCUCCUUUUGUUUUGAAGUACGAAUUCACUCAAGGUCAAAGUGGCUUAGUAACCACAUUAAAACCUAUUGUCGAACAUUGGUCUUACCCUCAGUUCGCAAAGGCAGUACUUGACAACUACAACAAAUUCUUCUCCGAAGUCAAAUCCAAAGUGAAGGUUUACUAUGAGAACAUUGACGCACUCAUGACGAACGAAGAAGGGUACAACAAACUCAUUGAAAUGGGAAUGGUCGGUGAAAAGAUGGGCUGUUUUAAGCUAGAUAAGGUAUUUUCUGAAGUUCAUGUCCUCUCCAAGCGUAAGUACUGGGGCAUACUUGAAGACGGCACAGAAAUAAAACAUUGCAUGAAGUAA